AUGGGUAGUAUGAAGGGGCCGAGCAGCGACAUCAGCGCGUGUAGUCGUGUGGUACCUGAAGGCGAGACAGCAAUCAGAGAAGCUUUGACUACGUCUCCAGUCGACAAUGGUAUUUCCACGCCAGAGCAGGAGGCAGAUGUUUUGUCAAAACUCGUGUCACCGUUAGUUCCCCACGAUGCAGCACUAGUAACAUCGGAUGAGCACUGUCCGAGUGCAACAACAGAUCCGAAUAUCUGUUUGGGACCUGUGCUGCCAGAUAUUCGCGUGCCUCCAGUACAAGAAAAUGAAAGAAAUGAGGAAACGAACGAUGCAGCUCGAAAACAAAUCCGGCAAACCAAUGACCCAUCCAUCGAAACGAUAAAAGCGAUAGAGUUUACCGAAGAAGCCAACAAACGGCGGAGUUGGAAGGUGGUCGGCAAACUUGCGGUGAUGGCCAAGUCGAUGAAUGCCCACUCGAUCGAUAUUUACCACGAUCGAAAGCUCAACACAAGCCGCUUUAUGAUUCACCCCAACUCGAAGUUGCGCAGAGCAUGGGAAGCGACGACUGUGUGUUUGGUUCUCUAUGUCUGCGUGAUGAUUCCGUUCAUUAUCGGGUUCCAGUUUGUCGAUUGGAGUCAUUUGAACGGCAUGAACACUUUUAUCGAUGUCUACUUUAUCACAGAUAUGGUUAUGACAUUGCGCACGGGUAUUGUUUCAAAUGGCGAGGUGGUGAUGGAUCCCAAGAGAGUCGCGAAAAAGUAUUUCCAUUCGUGGUUCAUCGUUGACCUCAUCUCCAACUUCCCGCUUGUGCUGUUUGUCCAAUCUUCCGGCAAAUCUUUGAAAAUUGUAAAACUUCAAAAGAUCCCCAAACUGCUGCGAAUCGGUCGAUUGCUGAAAUAUCUCCGCGAAUAUGCCAAGUACUACAAUCUCAUUGUCAGCUUUCUGGGUCUUGCUAUGGGAUUGCAUCUUUUCGCAUGCAUAUGGGCGAGUUUGUUCAACGAAUGCUACGAUUUCCACGGUGAACUCGUUUGCACCGAAGAAGAGUUGGCACCUAUGUACGUCCAAUGCGUUCAUACCAUCAUGCUCAUGUUUUUCGGAAUUGGCGAAAGCACCACAUAUUCGAACAUCGCAAGAUUAAAAAAUCCCGAGCUUAACGCGAACAUCGAGCUCUACUAUAUGAGCAUCACUGUGUUCAUGUUAGGAACCAUUUUUUCGUCCUUCCUCUUUGGCAACAUUCUUGCUCUGCUCAUGAGUUGGGACCAGCAAAAAGCCCAAUUCCGUAACCGAAUGGACAUGAUUAAAGCCGAAAUGAAGUACUACGAACUACCAGAGGAGCUGCAGCAUCGUGUUCGCAGGAAUUACGAUUAUCUCUGGAUCAACCAACGCGCAUAUUCCGACAUGAUGCUAUUGAACCAGCCCGGUAUUUCCAAGCCGCUCAAAACGACUAUCGCGUUGCAUUUGUACAAAGAUUUGGUAAAAACUGUACCGUUCUUCGCUGGAUCCGACUCGCGGUUUUUGGGCAAAGUGUGUCUCGCCUUGGAAACAGCAGUGUAUUUACCUGGAGACACGAUCAUUUACUGCGAUGAUAUCGGCAAAGAGAUGUUCAUCGUUCGCAAAGGUCUCGUCGAGAUCUUGAUUGACCCUGAGAACUCGGAGAAGCGAAUUUAUUUACGAGACGGAAACUUCUUUGGAGAGACAGCACUUGUCAUCGACGUGCGUCGUACAAACACUGUUCGCGCCGUCAACAUCUGCGAUCUCAAUGUACUAAGCAAGCACGCGUUUAACGAGAUCGCUGCAGAGUAUCCAGAGUUCGGUGAGCGCAUGAAGCGGACAGUGAUCAAGCGCCAACUUGAUAACAUGAACAUCCAGUCUCCUACUGAGAAGGCUAAAAUACACAAUCAGCUCACUUUGGUAGUGGAAAAGUCACUUAAACAGCGUCGAAUGUCCGUGUCGCUACGUACCAUCUAUCGUGCCAAGAAGCUGGGAGACAAACUUAAAGAAAUUGCUGACCGUGCAUCCAAGCCUGUUCGACGCUUUUCGCGUGCCGUUGCUCCUCGACAAGCCCGUAUCCGUCCUUCUCAACGAGAAGACUCGCACUUUAAGUCGUCUAUGGAAUCAUCUUUUGCGGAUAGCACUCGAGACUUAGCUCAGUUUUCCAGGCCAGUAAGUGGCUCCAGUUCUCGGAACUUGUUCCCGAAGCGACCGACAGUGACGCAUCGAAUGAAUUCUGGGCUUUCACGACAAGCUUCCCAGUCAGGAGCUACAGAGACAACUGGUCCUCGACGAACUAUCGAUUCCGGACCACGACGCACAGAAGUACCGUCAGAUUUGAUCCCGUCAGCCUUGGCUCAAAUCACAACAAUGGUCGAACAGAUCCGGCAGACAACAGAGUUGUUGAGUCUUCGGUUGGGAGCAGUUGACGACUAUGAUGAAGAAGAAGAAGAUGACGACUUUGACGAGGACACAUACAGCGAAGACAUGUCGUUUAACCUUCGUGAUACGCCACCGUUUCCUCCUUUGACAGAGGAAUCUGAAGAGGAAAUGGCACGUCGCGAGAGCAACAGCAUCUUUGUUCCGAACGCACAAAAUUCGAGUAGAAAUAGCUCGAGGAAUUCCAGUCGCUUGUUCGGGGACAAGAGGGGGAGCGAUUCAUAG